AUGGGAACCCUGGCAAGGACUGGGGGAGAACUUGUUGCUUGGCUGGGCUGGCUGGCUGGCUGGCUGGCGCCGUUGCUAGUAUGUAGCUUUCUGCCGGCGCCGUUGCUGGAGCGGUACCUUGCGGUACCUUUCCGAACUAGGCCAUCGAGUGGCAGGGCAAGGGAGCAUAAGCCGGGACCUUUGGGGGACCACCAGAUCAGACCAGGAGGGAUGGGACGGCCAGGGCUGGUUGGUUUGGGCUGGAAGAAAAAGUCAAGGGUCGGUCAAGGACUCAAGGGUGAAGGGGUGGGAAGAGGGAGGGGGUGGAAGGGGUGUGGGUUGACCAGGACUCUCUGGACAAAGUGUGGUGUGUGCCCAAGGGUUGGAGGGUGCGUUGCGUUUUGUGUUUCUUCCUGCUUCCCCUAG